GCUGGUGUGUGUGUGUGUGUGUGUGUGUGUGUGUGUGGAGAUUACUGCGGUACAGAGUUCAGUUCAGAGACAGACGGAUUACUGAAAAAGCAACAAAUGAAUAUAUUUGUUGUUUCUCAUCAGUUUUUCAUCAUUAAUUAGUUCCACCCGAAGAUCUUAUUCCAAGGAGAAACACUCUUCAGGUUUGCUGUGUGUGUGUGCGUGCGUGUGUGUGUGUGUGUGUGUGUGUGCUCAUUGCUAGGUUCUCAGGAUGACGAUCCCAAAUCUCUGAAUCUUUCCUGAUGUCUCUCUUGAUUUCGUGAUUUUCAACACCAUGAGCAGCAAAAGAACCACCAGGUACAGCAUUGUUUCUCCUGACGAGGAAAGGCUGAAGGUCUCGACUCUCGGGCUUCACAACGGCCACAGCUCUCCCGGGAGCGCCAUGAGCAGUACCAUAACUAGCGUGGGUGGCUACAACAUGGAGAACAGCUACAAUGGUAAAAUCUCCACAAGAGGGCGUGGCCAAUUGCGGAGCCGUUUUGUGAAAAAAAAUGGCCAGUGUAAUGUUGUUUUCUCCAACAUGGAGGACAAAUCGCAGCGCUACCUCGCCGAUAUAUUCACGACCUGCGUGGACAUCCGCUGGCGCUACCUACUGCUCAUCUUCUGCACCACGUUCAUGGUGUCGUGGCUGAUUUUUGGAUUGAUUUUCUACAGCGUGGCACUCGCACAUGGAGAUUUCGACCCUGAUCGCCACAUGCAGGGGCAAACAGGGGCAGGAGCUCCAGGCGAGGGGCAACAUAAGGAAUGGAAGCCUUGCUUGCUCCAUGUGGAAGGUUUUCUUGGUGCCUUCCUGUUUUCAGUCGAGACUCAAACAACGAUUGGGUAUGGCUGGCGCUGCGUCACUGAGGAGUGUCCAGUUGCUGUGGCAACAGUGGUGGUCCAGUCUAUUUUGGGAUGCAUCAUUGACUCGUUUAUGAUUGGUACCAUCAUGGCCAAGAUGGCGCGACCCAAAAAGCGAAAUCAGACGCUGCUGUUUUCCCAAAACGCUGUUAUAGCGCUGCGGGACGGAAAACUGUGCCUCAUGUGGCGCGUUGGAAACCUCAGAAGAAGCCACAUCGUGGAAGCUCACGUCCGGGCACAGCUGAUCAAACCCAGAGUGACAGAGGAAGGAGAGUUUAUCCCGCUGGAGCAGACGGACCUGAAUGUUGGUUACGAUGAAGGAACCGAUCGCCUUUUUCUCGUCUCACCUCUGGUCAUCGUUCACGAGAUCGACGAGGACUCUCCACUUUGGUCAAUGAGCCGCUCAGAUCUGGAAAACGAUGUAUUUGAAAUUGUGGUGAUUCUCGAAGGAAUGGUUGAAGCCACUGCUAUGACCACACAAGCACGAAGCUCAUACCUUUCUCACGAGAUCCUCUGGGGUCAUCGCUUCGAGCCGGUCGUAUAUGAAGAUAGCGAUCGCUACCAGGUGGACUACGCUCACUUCCACAAAACCUAUGAAGUUGCCUCGACUCCUUCAUGCAGUGGAAAGGAACUCAGUGAGUCAGCAAGUCAUCACUCGUCCAAAGUGUCUUCACAAUCCGGGACACCAGUUAGCUGCAGGACCCAUUUUCUGCGUCCACCUUGCUCGCCCAGCGCAUUCUGUUAUGAGAAUGAAGUGGCUCUGUACUCUGGGGAGGAGGAGGAUGAUGAAGGGAUGAAUACACACAAAGUUGAGGAAGGACUAACAACAUUAAAAACGGAUCUAACAGUUAUAACGACGACGGGUGUUCCACCAGAAUUCCAAAAAAUGUUACUCCAGGAUGCUCCAACGCUAACGUCUGGAAGCAACGUCCUCUGUGUGCUGGACAUGGACAAUCAGAUGGAGUUUGAUAUUCUUCAGACCUCCAUUCCUCUCGAUCCUCUGACAUACAAAAGUGAAUCAGAAAUAUGACUCUAUGGGACCAGAGGCGUUUCACAACGUCCCAGGAGUUCCACAUCUUCAGUUUAGAAUGAACUGAAUGGAAGGUUGGUGAGGGAUUACUGCACUUUUUGCACAUUUUAUGGAGAUUUUGAUUCAUCAGUAAACUGUAUAUAGGAGCAAUUUGCCUGCUUUAAUUUGUAUAUUUGCUCAGACUGAAGCUCACAAAGACAUAAAAACAUGACUAUCUGUGGAAUCUUUACUGUUCCUGAAAGGAUCACAUGAUCCAUGACAGCUGAUCACAGGUGAAGAAAUAUAAACUCAAAGUCACUGUGGGUAUUUAUUGGAACAUAAGAAGAGGAAAUAAAGAAACACAAAGACUGUGAACAAAUAAACCUGUAUAUCAGAAGAAGAGUUUAUUUACCGCACUGAUUUAUGGGAAAUGAUACGGUAUAGAUCAGCGUUACGCAUGCCCGGAGCGUCAUAACAUCCACACGUGCCACAUACGGUUAUUAUGAGCUCUGACAGAGUACUUCAAUAACAUUUAUUUGUUCAUAAGAAGAUUCCAACCUUCUCAUCUUUCCAGAGUCAUGACUCAUGUUGCCUUCAUUCAGUUUUUUUAACUCCAGUGAAAUAAAUGCUAGCAUAGAAAACAGGUUAAAUCAAUGCUAGCAUAGAAAACAGGUUAAAUCAAUGCUAGCAUAGAAAACUGACUAAAUCAAAGCGAAUCUUGUAUGAAACAUGCACACUAGUUUUUCAGUACAAAUACACUAACAGUAUAAAUACAUGAACACACCACACAGUAAACACACACUAGCAUAAAAGUAAAUAAGCUCAAAUACAAGUUAGAAUGUUUAUUACAGUGAUUAGCGUUACACUAUCAGACGAAACCACAAACUGGUACAGACGUCAGAACAUCUGUAUAUCUAAUGUUAUGUAACAGUCAUUUUCUGUGUGAUAUUCUGUCCCUGAAAAGCCACUGAAAAUAAGAAGUGUGUGUGUGUGUGUGUGUGUGUGUGUGUGUGUGUGUGUGUGUGUGUGUGUAUGAUGCUCCUGGUCCAUGCCCAUACUUAGCUUAGAUAUCAGAUGGUUAUGUGAUAAUUAUGGAAUGUAGCCUCAAAACAAAGCAAUAUUAAUUAGAGCAAUAGUGUGAGAGUGAAGAGUCUACUCAACUGUACUCUAUUCAACUCUACUCUUUUUAACUCUACUUUAUUCUGCUCUACUCAACUAAAUUCUACUGUACUAUAUUCUACUCUAUUCCAUCUCAACUCUAUUCUACUCUAGACUCUACUCUAUACUCUAUUCUACUCUAUUCCAUCUCAACUCUAUUCUACUCUAUACUCUAUUCUACUCUAU